GGAAAAGACAAAGAAUGCUACCAAAUGGGUAAUAUUCAAGAGGGUACAUGGAAAUGGAAUCUCUCUUGGAGAAGAACCUUGUUUGAGUGGGAAAAAGAGGACACCAUGAAACUCCAGGGGAUUCUUGACAAUGUGAAGAUCACUCCUGGACGCCCUGACAAAUGGCAAUGGAUUCACAGCAGUGAUGGUCUCUACUCAACAAAAAUGGCUUAUUGGAAGUUGACAAAAGAACGGACGGGAUCGAAAGAGGCAAAAAUGUCAAAGAGAAUAUGGAAUCCCAUGCUCCCGAGCAAGAUAGCUGCCUUCAAUUGGAGAGUAAUACUUGACAGAAUUCCUACCAAAGCUAAUCUUCAUAAAAGAGGAAUUAUCAAGGACAUAGAAGAGGCAAAAUGUGGUAUAUGUGAGGAGUAUAAGGACGCCAGCCACCUAUUUCUAAAUUGCAAAAUAAGUAAAUGGAUUUGGAAAGCUUGCAGCAGAUGGUGGGGGACCACGGUAGCAUUAAAGGAAGAUUGCUGCAACACUUUUGACCAAUUCGGGAAUGGGAUAAAAGAUCCACACAUAGCAGAAGGUUGGGAUUGCAUCUGGAAUACUGUCAUUUGGACAGUAUGGAUGGCAAGAAAUCGCAAAAUAUUCCAGGAUACAGAAAUUAAUGUGGGAGGAAGACAUUGGAAAGCUGUGCGAUACAUGGGAUGCUAAGAGGCAAAAACCCAUGGAUCUAUCAUAUUUUUUUGUUAAAUCUCAUUUAUCUAGCUAACAUCAAAACUGCUAGUGUCCCAAUCUACCUUAUUGGAGCUACAAAAAACCUUUGCCAAACCCAAUGAAAGACCAGACUUCUC